AUGACGAACCUUUCGUCUCUCCUCUCUUCGUCUGCCGUCUUAUCUUCUGGGGAGUGGGAGUCGACGAUGGAGGAAACACUGCCGUCACCGAAGACCCCCACCGACUCCGCGGCUGGAUCCCCGGAGGAACCCCGCGCCCGGACCAGUUCCCGGUCCCGUUCCUUCUCCAUCUCCGCCUCCACCUCCCCUCGCUUCUCCGCCGUCCCAUUCUCCUGGGAGCAGCGGCCCGGCAUCCCCAAAGCCCUCUCCCAGGCCGCCGCAGCCGAGGACGCCGCCGCCCACCGCCUUCUCCCGCUCCCUCCCCCGGUCCGCUCCCACUCCGACCUCCCCAUCCCGCGAAAGAAGCGCUCCGCGGCGCGGUUAGCCGCCGCCGACCCGUUCGCGGCGGCGCUCGCCCUAUGCGCCAAGGACUUCCCCGACGCCGGUGGCGACCUGGAGGAGCUCUGGGGGGUGCCCGACGCCUCUCCACGGAGGGUAACCACCAUCGCCGACCGGUUCCGGCUCUUCGACCUCUACGGUUCCUGCAAGGCGACGUGCUCCGUCAUAGACGCCACGGUCCGCCUUCCUCGCACAGGACCGUUGGGCUUGCUCAGCCGCCGGCCCGGUGCAGGCGACAUCUGA